AUGUCUAAGCAUAUUGUAGAUGAGGUCAUUGAAAUAUUAAGAAAAGAUAACGCUUUUUUGAAAGAAUCAUAUUUAUAUAAGCAUUAUGAUCUAUUAGAUAAUGGUAUGGAAUCAUAUAAUACAUCUACAAUAUGUGAUUACAGAAUGAAAGACCCAAAAUUCCUUAAGCUGUGUUAUGAUCUAGAAGGUAUUUUAAAUAAUUUGGACAAUAUUUGUGAAGGAAUAAAAUCAAAUUAUAAUAAGUGUUGUGAUCGUCUAAUUUAUUGGUUAUACGGAAAAAUAAGAACAAGUAAAGCUAAUGCUAUAGAUAUAUAUAAUCUAUAUGAAAGUUUGAAAUAUAUUUUGAAAAAUAAGCCUUUUAAAAAUAAGAACUAUGUAUGCGAUAAAAUAUAUGACUCAAAAAUGUAUGAUAUGAGAGUGUUAAAGCAUAAGAGAGAAUUAUAUGAUUUUGUAGAAAUUUAUGAUAUUAUUGAAUCUAAAUUGAAGGCAAAAAACGAGCAUAAGGAUCUGUAUUGCAAGUACGUAGUGUAUAUUUUUCAAUUAUUUAAAAACAUGGAAGCGAAAGGAGAACAUGGGAUAUAUAAAGAUGAAGUUAUGCAUUUUCAGGAAAAAUUUUUGUAUAAGGAUGAUAUGUUAGAAUCAUUAGAUAAUUUAUGUCCAAACAUGUGUAUAAAAUCCGUUUUCGAUAAAGCGAGAAUAACUUUAUGUCCCUCCAAGAGGGCAGUUGUAAUGCCAACACAACUAAAAACUAAUGAAUGUGAAAACACCACAAAGGAAUAUCCAGAUAAAUCCCUAUCGGGAAUGGAAAAAUAUGUACAUUAUAACUUUUAUUUUAUAAUGAUUAAUUUGAAAUAUUAUGAGAGCAUCUUAAAAGAUUUAGAUGCAGACAAAAUAUAUAAAAAAUUGAACGAUAAGAAGGAUAUCAAAAAUUAUUGUAGUGACUGCAAUGAAGUAUUAUCAUUAGAAGAAAACUAUCCAGGGAUUACAGUUAUGUGUAAAAAGUUAGCAAGAAAUUUAAGAACAAACAUGUCCCAUAUUCAGGGUAAUGUAACUAAUGCCAGCGACCGUUGUUUAUAUUUUAUCCACUGGACAUAUGGUGAGCUAAAAAAAAUAUUUAAUAUAAAUUCGAGAAAUAUUCACAGCAUAGCGGAAGUUUCCAAAGUGCUUGAUGUAGGAACUAAAAUCAAUAAUGAGUUAAUACUAAAAGAUAUCCAUGAUAAUUAUGCAUCCAUACAGAAGGUGUUUGAUUCUAAAGCCAAAUCAUCACAAGAAUUUUAUAAAAAUUUUAGAGCAAAUCAACAAAGUGAUAAAAAUACCAAGUUGUCAAGUUUAAUAGCAGAAAGAUUAGUGUACAAUCAUGAAUUAUCUAAACAUAAGCCAUGUUUCCAUUACUUUGAUUGUAUAUUAGAAGAAUGUAUGGAAAUGAAAAAUUUGCAUGAUUAUUUUAAGAAUUUCGACAGCAUGAAAGAAGGCAAAAUAUCAGAAGCUAAUAACAAUAGAGAAUUGUAUUGUGAUUACGUUGCUUAUAUAUAUGGGUUGUACGAAAAAUAUAUAGAUGAUUGCUGUAUUUGUUACUUCGCUUCAGAUAAAUGUAUUGAAAAUUGUCCACAUUAUUUUAAAUGCGAUGAAAAGUAUGACCCAUACAACUUUUAUUCGGAAUUAAAAUGCGACAACAUUCUACCUGGGAAAAAAAUCACAAAAAAAGUAGGUAAACCUAAAAAUAUUAAUCACCAAGCUGUAGUGAAAACUGAAAAUGUUAAUCAACAUAUUGUAACUGAAAUAGAGAAUACGAAAAGCGUUGGAUAUGAAGAUUUUACAUGGGAUCCCUUCCCUUCAUUCUCAUUGUCUGCCUUCAGCUUCUUGGGGAUAUUUUUGCUAGUUUUCAUUUUUUACAAAGUAAGUACCCAUUGUUACGCUAAAAAGGUCGUUUUUUUUUUCGUUAAUUCGUACUCUAAAUUUAUAUAA